GUCGGGAUCUAUGUCACUUUGAGUUCGCAUAUAGCGCGGUACAGACGCGCCGUGAAAAAUUCCAAUUGGCAUGUAUUUCAGUGCUUUCGUUGAUAAAAUAUAUUAUUAUUAUAGGUUAUAAAUAACUUGCGCUCGAGUUUCGUAGCACAAAGCGUAGAGAGAGCCUACGGGUCGUUAGCGUAACUCCGUGUAGCAGUGCGUUCGAAUUAUUUCCUUUGUUCUUUUACUGUGAAUAAAAAAAUAAUAUAAUGGCAUCAAAGAAUACAGAUAUUGAGGAAGGCCAGCAACCUGGGCAAGAGAAUGGCCCAGCCACUAGACAGCUUCCUCUGCCCGGAACAACCUCGCUGAUCGGAGUGGCGGAAAUAACUAACAACAAACUGAUCUGGCGACAACUGGUAGCCGAGUUCGUGGGAACGUUCCUACUUACCUCUAUCGGUGUGGCCGCCUGCAUCACCAUCAGUCCCACAAAUGCACCCCAGACUACCAGCAUCGCGCUCUGCUUCGGUCUACUCGUCGCCACUAUUGUUCAGGCUAUCGGUCAUGUAUCUGGCGGUCACAUCAACCCCGCAGUGACGUGCGGCCUGUUUGCCGCUGGCGAAGUGAGGCUGUUGAAGGCACUUUUCUACAUCGUGGUGCAAACGCUCGGUGCAGUAGCUGGCGCUGCCUUUAUCAGGUUAGCUGUAACUGAUACGGGCAUGAAAGGAGGAUUUGGUCUUACACUACCUGGACCUGAUAUAACCGACGGCCAAGCGGUACUAGUGGAGGCUCUGAUCACCUUCGUGCUGGUGUCAGUGGUAAUGGGCGUGUGCGACGGACGACGCAACGACGUCAAGGGAUCCGCGCCGCUCGCCAUCGGCCUCGCCAUCACAGCCUGCCAUGCAGCAUGCAUACCAUUUACUGGUUCGAGUAUGAAUCCGGCGCGUUCAUUUGGGCCUGUGGUCGUUGAGAAUGAUUGGACUUCACACUGGGUAUACUGGGUGGGACCUAUCACCGGUGGUGUCAUCGCAGGCCUCUGCUACAGAUUUGUGUUCCGUAUCGGAAAAGGAGACAGUGGCUCCUACGACUUCUAGACGACAAGACAUAUCGCGACAUAGACUAUACGUGCCUCUAAAAUAUUGAUACAUUUAAAUGUUAUGAGAGAUAUUUUUUAUUACUAGGGUGUAGUACAUUCCCCGUAGCAUUAGCCACGGAUUAAUUUAUUAUGAGAUGAGCUCAUUGAUAAAAACGAAAUAUAUUCCUCGAAUUAAAUUUUAUAUUUAGGAUAGAUUAUAGAACGAGAAUGAACAAGAUAUUGAUGGUUAGUUAUUAAUAAUAUGCGUAUGCAAUAGAGCUAAGUAUGCACGCAAUAGGGUUUCCAAUAUCGAUUCGAUUCAAUUGAAGAUCGAUCUUUUGAAAUAAAUAUUCGAAUCUAUUAAUAGAUCUAUCUAAGACAGAUCAAUAAAAAUCGAGAUUCAUAUGUCCUAUUUUAUUGUAAUUUUGCUUUUUUAUUUCCAAAAUCCUUGAGAUAUCACUGUUUUUAUGAUGUCAAUCUUUUAAAAGUAAAUUUUCUAUGAUUCGAUUAAAAUCAAUGGAUGGAUUGAAAUUUUCCGAUUCGAAUCAAUACAAAAGAUCGAUAUUUUUGCUCAAGAGUAGAAAUGUUAGCAAACAAUCACAACAUUCACAUUGCAAGAACUAGAUAUAACUAGAGUCGUCUAUUGGAGGUAAAACAUGACCUAUGUCAAUGGGCGGUUUCAAGUUGUUUCCAAAGGUUAUUAACGGCAACUAACAUCGAACCUUAUAAGGAACAUUCACUACAAUUUUAAAGAGCGUACUAAUGGUAUUAUGGGCUACAAAGGAAACCAUGAUGGAAAUUAGAAAUAUAUGUAUAUUAAUAAGAGCGGCUUAGAAAACUAGAGCCGUGAACGGGAGCAAAAAGAGAACAAUAGAAAGUUUUCAAUUUUAAAUUUGGUAGAUAACAAUAUAAAAAUUAUAAAAAAUAUGUGGCCUAUACUUCACAGGUAUAAAAAGUAGAUUUUUCAAGAUUAACAUGAAAAAUUGUUGAAACCGUCAAAAUAUUAUCAAUGAGCUUAUACUUGUUAAAUGUUGUUAAAAUGUUUCAAUCUCUUUGUUUCAACUCUAGUAAGUACAAAGUGAAAAGUAAAUCCAAAGGAAAUUAUAAAUAUCGAAUGUGAAAAAUACUUGUUGAUUGGAAUAACACGUGUCUGUUAAUUGGAUUUAAUUUUAAUCGCCCAUUAAGUUAAAUUUGGAUUAAAAUUUAUAAAUUAAACUUGAUGUCUUACUCAGUUUUAUAAUAAACAAAAACAUAAUUAAAUUCAUUUUUAACAGGCAGUGACUUUUUCGAUUUCGUUUUAUUUGAUACGAGUAUAUAUAGGAUUACGUAGGAUUAAAUAUUACUAAAUAAGUUUAUUUAAAUGUGAAUAAAUUAUUGUAAGUUAAUAAUAAUAAAGUUUAGGUUUAUGUGCCUAUAAUAUAUUUAUACUCGAGUGUGCAUUAAGCUAAUAUUCUGGCUCAUUGUACCUAAAAUAACGACUCUUAAAAAUGUUUAUUUUGAAAUAAAUAUUUUAUUUUAUUAA